AUGUCACUGUUGUUUCUAAAUUUUUAUACUUCAGGAAUUUACAUUUCUCUCUUUCCAUCUAUAUCUCGAUUUUCAUCUCUCUGCAUUGUACCUUACUCUCCCUUUCCCUCUAUAUCUCGAUUAUUAUCUCUCUGGAUUUUAAAUUUCUCUCUCUCUUUCCCUCUAUAUCUCGAUUAUUAUAUCUCUGGAUAUUACACCUCUCUCUCUUUCCCUCUAUAUCACGAUUUUUAUCUCUCUGGAUUUUACCUUACUCACUCUUUCCCUCUAUAUCUUGAUUUUUAUCUCUCUGGAUUUUACCAUACUCACUCUUUUCUUCUAUAUCUCGAUUAUUAUCUCUCUGGAUUUUACAUUUCUCUCUCUCUUUCCCCCUAUAUCACGAUUUUUAUCACUCUUUGCCGUGUCUUCUUUCUCUCUUUCUUUCCUUUCUUUUAUCUUUCUUUCUUUCUUUUCUUUCUUUCUUUCUUUCUUUCUUUCUUUCUUUCUUUCUUUCUUUCUUUCUUUCCUUUCUUUUCUCUUUCUUUUCUUUCUUUCUUUCUUUCUUUCUUUCCUUUCUUUUCUCUUUCUUUUCUUUCUUUCUUUCUUUUCUUUCUUUCUUUCUUUCUUUCUUUUCUUUCUUUCUUUCUUUCUUUCUUUCUUUCCUUUCUUUUCUCUUUCUUUUCUUUCUUUCUUUUCUUUCUUUCUUUCUUUCUUUCUCUCUUUCUUUCUUUCUUUCCUUUCUUUUCUCUUUCUUUCUUUCUUUUCUUUCUUUCUUUCUUUCUUUUCUUUCUUUCUUUCUUUCUUUCUUUCUUUCUUUUCUUUUCUCUUUCUUUUCUUUCUUUCUUUCUUUCUUUUCUUUCUUUCUUUCUUUCUUUCUUUCUUUCUUUCUUUUCUUUCUUUUUUUUUUCUUUUCUUUUCUUUCUUUCUUUCUUUCUUUCUUUCUUUCUUUUCUUUUCUCUUUCUUUCUUUCUUUCUUUCUUUCUUUCUUUCUUUCUUUCUUUCUUUUCUGCUACCAGUUACUCUAAUUGUCCCCUUCGAUCUCUUUUUCCUUCCAUGCCGUUGCGUUCUCCCAUCCACUUUCCUACCGUCCUUUUCCCGGCCAGUAACUCAUUUCGGACUGGUGCUACAUCUAAUCUACGCUUCAAAAAUCACUUUCUCUCUCUCUCUCUCUCUAUUUCUAUAUCUAUCUAUCUAUCUAUCUAUCUAUCUAUCUAUCUAUUUAUGUUCAUCUAUCUAUCUUGGAGUUAUCCACCAGACUUCAGACUUUUGCUACAUCUAAUCUACGUACGAAAAUCACUAUAUCUAUCUAUCUAUCUAUCUAUCUAUCUAUCUAUCUAUCUCAACCAAUUAUUAUUUUUCUAUCUAUCUAUCUAUUUUCGAACACAGUCAUCACCUUUCCUUGUCUUCUCUCUUACCCUCUCUCUCUCUCUCUCUCUCUCUCUCUCUCUCUCUCGGGAAGAUACAGUGAAUCUGCUUUUCCUUUCUUUACUUUUUUUGAAGAGGUAUGGGAAAUCAACGAACUCCCACUCCCCCAGAACGAUGAGCACAUAUGGCGAAGAAUUAAAAACAUAA